AUGCCCGUUACAGUUGCGCAAAUUCUCGCGCCCUACGAGUAUAAACCAGAGCAAGUGGAGCGGGUAGCCUCCCGCACGGUACAACCUCCCAUUACCAUAGUUGAGCCCAACCCAGAAUGGCCGCAACGGUUCGAAGAAGUCAAAGCGCGGAUUCAAAAAGCCCUUGGGCCCUUGGUCUCGGAAAUUACUCAUUCCGGCUCUACCAGUGUUCCCGGCUUACCAGCGAAAGACAUUAUUGAUGUUGAUGUGACACUGAAAGAUGCCAUGAAUGAACUAUCCUAUGUGAAGCCUCUGGAAGAGGCAGGUUUUCGGUUCAUCUUGCGCGAGCCGCUUUGGCACCAACACCGGUUCUUUGUGGAGAACUGGCCCGAAGCCUACCACGUCAAUGUCCAUGUGUGGGGUCCCGACUCGCCCGAAGCUACGCGACAUCGUAUCUUUCGUGACUGGUUGCUCAAAACGCCAUCGGAUCUAGAACUAUAUGCCAAAGUGAAGCGCGAAGCGGCUGAACAAGCGGCUAUAGCUGGCGAUUCGAUGAUGGAUUAUACCCUACGGAAAGACGAAACGAUCCAUAAGAUCCUAGGACGAGCAUUCCGCGAUUUAGGCUAUAUUGAAUGA